AUGGCAGAAAGCAGUGUGGCCUCUUUUCUAGAGAAGUUGCGCAACUUGGCUUCACAAGAAGCUUCUCUAUUUGGAGAGGUAGAAGGGCAGGUGAGGCUGCUGCGUAACGAGCUGGAGUGGAUGCGCCUCUUCCUGGAAUAUACUGAUGCAAGACGCAGAUACGAUAAACGGCUCAAGCUCUGGGUGAAUCAGAUCAGAGAUGCAGCUCAUGAUGCCGAAGAUGUCCUCGAUGAAUUCAUGUUCAAGGUGGAACACAAGCGCCAGCAGAGACUCCAUAGACUCAAGUUCCUCAGAUUCUUACCUUCAUGUGUUAGCGUCGCUGACAAGCUACCAUUUAUCCACGAGCUCAACGAUCGUAUAACCGAGAUCAAUAUCACCAUCGAGAAGAUCUUGGCCAAUAAAAAAAGGUACGGCAUUGAAAAUCCCAGCACUUCUAAAGCUUGGAGCUCCUCCAAUGAAGUGCCAUGUAAGGAGAAAACGCUCCCCGUUGUUGAAGAAAUUGAUGUGGUGGGGUUCGAAACAGAUGUGAAAUCUGUAAAGGAAUUGCUUGUUGAGGCUGGAGAGACAACAGAAACGCGGAGAGUAGUGGUGUCUAUAGUGGGCAUGGGUGGCCUUGGCAAGACGACUCUAGCUAAGAAAGUCUACAAUGAUGUGAAACAGCAUUUUGAUUGUGAUGCUUGGGUUUAUGUUUCUCAAGAGUAUAGAACCCGAGAUCUUUUAUUCGAAAUUCUGAAUUGUGUGACGAAUGAUAAAAGAAUCAUGACAGAAUUAGAUAGUGAAGCCGCGGUGGGGAUCGAACUUCGUAAUUUCCUGAGCACCAAAAAGUAUUUGAUAGUCAUGGAUGAUAUUUGGUGCACACAAGUUUGGAAGGGUUUAAAUGUUUAUCUCCCAAUAGAGGGAUAUGGAAGUAGAGUGCUAAUUACAGCACGAAACAAAGAAGUUGCUUUGCAUGCCAAUUCACAUCUCCAUGAACUCCAUCCUUUGAAUGAAAUGGAGAGUGAGGAGCUUUUUCUCAGGAAGAUGGGAAGCAGCACCUUGGUUUGGCCUCAAGGGUUGGAGAAAUUAGGGAAGGAGAUUGUAGCAAAAUGCAAAGGCCUACCCCUUGCUACUGUGAUGUUGGGAGGCCUUCUAUCAAUGAAAGAGAAGACCCAAUUCUCAUGGCAAAAGGUACUUCAUAGCAAAGAUUGGCAUUUGAGUCAAGGUCCCAACUCAUGUUUGGGAAUUCUCGCUUUAAGUUAUAAUGACUUGCCCAAUUACUUAAAGUCGUGCUUUCUGUAUUGCGGUAUUUUCCCAGAAAACUCAAUAGUCAAAUCAAGUGAAUUGAUCCGGCUGUGGAUUGCUGAAGGAUUCGUACAAACUAGGGGAGCAGAAACACUGGAAGACCUGGCCGAGAACUACUUAUACGAGCUCAUCCAAAGAAACAUGAUUCAAGUGGAUAAGAGGGACAGGCUAGAUGGAAGAGUGAAAUCUUGCCGCAUGCAUGAUUUCCUUCGAGACCUCGCCAUUUCAGAGGCCAAAGACGCCAAACUUUUUGAGGUACAUGAAAACAUUGAUGUUAGAUAUCCUAUUAGCUCUCAUCGGCUUAGCAUUCAACAGAGUCUUAUUAAGAAAAAUAUAUCUCAGCAUUUGCAUAACUCACGCCUCCGGUCAUUGAUUUUUUUGUCUGAACCCUUGCAAGAAAACAGUUGGACAUAUUUGCAAGAACACAUCAAAUUACUUCAGGUGUUGGAUUUAGGAGUGUGCCAGUAUCAGAAUAUUUACACGCUCCCAAGAAAAGUAGGAGAACUCAUAAACUUGAAAUAUAUGUGUUUAAGGGGGGCUGGGAAUAGAAUAAGGCUUCCAACACCCAUUGUUAGGCUCGUUAAUUUGCAGACUCUCGACUUAGACGGCAAUCUUCUAUGUCUUCCUUGCAAAAUCUGGAAACUACAUCAAUUGAGACAUUUAAAUUGUCCUGGUGGGAUAGUUUCAAGGAAGUCAUUUACAGAGAGGUUCUUCAUUAAUGGUGAUUUGGGUGUCCAUCAAUUGACUAACCUUCAAACAUUAGCUUUACAAGGGGGCGAAUGGUUGGAGGGUGAUGGCUUAGGGCAACUGACCCAGCUCAGGCAGCUCAAGAUAAUGGGAGGCUUGACUCCUUAUUUGAAGGAGGGGUUUUUCAAAUCUAUAGCCCAAUUGACAGCACUAGAAAACCUGAAGCUCAUAAACUUUUCUUCUAAAAGGAAAACAAUAGUCUCUGGUUUCAUGUCUUUCUCACACCACACCCGUCUCCAAAAAUUGGUUUUAGGAGGAAGGCUCGAGAAAUUACCAGUAGAUACUGGGUUCUACCCUCCAAACCUCCUGCAACUCAAGCUGUGGGAGACUGAGUUGGAACAAGAUCCAAUGUCGAUUCUAGGGGAGCUCCCAAACUUGAGGAUUCUCAAAUUACUCUGGAACUCGUAUGUAGGAAAGAAAAUGAAUUGCUCGGAGGGAAGAUUCCACCAACUUGAGUUCCUGCAUAUGGAGCAUCUGUCCAAUCUGGAGGACCUCACUGUAGAGGAAGGGGCAAUGCCUAAGCUGAGGACUUUACAGAUGGAGUGGUUCUGGAAAAUGAAGAAGUUUCCUGAUGGGCUGUUAGGGCUAAGAAACCUGCAGGAACUGAACCUCCUCCAUUGCUCCAAUGAAUUGUUGAAAGAGGUUUUCCAGACACAAGGAGAAGAUUGGAAUAGGAUCCGUCUUAUCACCUCCCAGACACACCCAAUUUCGGAUAACACCAGCAUCAUCCUCCUUGAUGACAUUGGCUUUCACUGA